AUGAAUUAUUCGGACGAAUUUGAUGUUACAAGUAGUUCAGAUGCUUCAGUUGAGGACUCUAUGGAUAAGGAACAAUUGAAAUUGUAUCUUAGUAGAGGAGAAAAACGAUUGGAAGCAACAAACAAAUUACUCGGAGAAGCAAGAAAUGCCAUCUUACAGCUCCAAAGUCAACAUUUAGACAGCAGACCUUCACCCAUCCGAUCCACAAGAACUUUAAAUGACAGCUUGGCAAACUCACUGGCCGACUCUACGGUGAGCACGGAUAGUAUCAGUGCAAUACAAAAUCAAUUACAAUUCAUCACAUCACAAAUGCAAAACAUGCCAGCUAAACAACAAAAUCAAAUCAUUGCACUCAAAGAAAAGAAUGCGAAAAUGGAGCAAGAAUUACAAGAAUUGCGAAAAUUAUUAGCGGAAAGAGAAGAAGAUCAAUCCAAUCAACAAUUUUCCUCUAAAAUCCAUAGUAUGGAUCGAGAGAUUCAAGAUUUAAAACUCGAAAAUAAUCAAAUGAAAGAUGAAGUCAAAGAGUAUGAACGCAAAAUUGAUGAACUCACUAGAGAAAAUGUAAAUUUGUUGUAUAGGAUUGAUGAGAAUCAAUUGAAUGAAGAGAGAGCUGCUAGAGAGCGAUCUACUCUGCACAAAAAAGAGAUUGACAAGCUCGUACUACAAAAAAGUGACCUCGAAAACAAAAUAUCCAAUCUCGAAAAUACUAUUAACAAAUUGAUGAGAGACCAUGAAACUGAAGUGUCCGAGUUGACUACAGAUUUUGAGAAAAAACUUGCUCAACAAAAGGCCGAGAUCAACAAGACCAUCAAGCUCAUGGAAGAAGAAAAACAAGAGCUAAUACAACAACAAAAAGACCUCUCUGAAAAAUUCACUCAAGACAAGUUAAACCUCUCUGAAACAUUGAGUUUGGAUAAGAAGCAGCUCAUCGAACAACUCAAUGAAGAAAAGAGAUCACAAAUUGAAAAAUUGGUCAAUGAAAAACACGAACUUAUUGACCAAUUCAAUCACGAAAAGCUCAAAUUGAUGCAAGAGGCCAUUCACGAAAAGAAUGAAAUGAUGGAGCGAAGUAAGAAAGAACGCGAUGCCUUGAUUGAAAAGAACAAGCAAGAAGUGGAACUAAUUCAAGAAAAGUUGAGAUCAGAAAAGGACAAGUUUGACACGGAACGAGCACUUCUCAUGGAGAAGCACUCCAAAGAGAAGGACGCUCUCGUUGAAAAGUUCACAACAGUCCUCAAAGAGAAGGAAGAAAUGGUAAAGGAAAAGGAACGACUUGUCUACAAGUACAAUAAUGAGAUCAAUAGCACUAUUGAGAAGUGUAAAAUGGAAGUAGAGGCAUUGCAGUCAUCAAGCGAAAGGGAGAAGAAGCAGCUCAUUCAACAACAUGACAAUGAAAGAAGCAUGCUCAUUGCUCAACACGAAAAGGAGAAGGCAACCAUUCGAUCUAGGCUCGAGGCAGAAGUAAAUGAAUUAUUGGACAAGCAUGCUAAUGAAAAGGAGCAAUUACAAAUUGAAUUCCAAGAACAAAAUCUCUCAACUGUUCAAAGAUAUGAACAAGAAAAGAAGAGGCUCAUAGAGAGUUAUGAAAUUCAAAUUAAAUCUCUCAAAGAAAGAAUGGAUCAUGAAAAGUCAGUGGUACUCGACACGUGUGAAAAGGAAAAGUCCAACGCUGAUUCUCAACGAGUAUUUUAUGAAAAUGAAAUUCAAAAGAUGUUAGAAAAUCACUCGUCUGCCAUGAAUGAAUUGAAACAUGCUCACGAAAAGUUGUUGACAGAAUCGAAAGAGACUCUCGAUCAGGAAAGAUCUACACACAAGUUAGAAAAGCUUAGAUUGGAGAAUGAAAUUGAACGAUUGAGAGAACAAUUCAAUCUCACUCAAAAUAACCUUAUUGAAAAAUAUGAAGAUGAAAAGAAACAUUCACUCCAAAGAAGCGAAGAGGAAAAGAAUCAAUUGAAGAGUCAACACGAAUCAGAGAAGAAGACACUCACCGAACAUUUGACACUGGAAAGAAAGCAAAAAGAUUUAUUACAAACACAAUACGAAAAACUCAUGGAGGAAAAUCAACAAUUGACCAAGAAACUUGUGGUUGAGAGCAAACAAGGCAAGCUUUCAGAUAAGCUUGAAGUUAAUUUCAAGAAGGAAUUGACCAAACUCCAUAAGGAUCAUUUAGUCGCUGUUGAAAAUCUGAAAGGUGCUUUACGAUUUUGUGGCGGAUCAGAUUCCGAUGUCAAAUUCCUCAAGGAGGUGUUUUUCAAGGAGUUAGAGCGAUUGAAGAGUGUCUUGGCACAAAUCGAAGAGUCCAAUUAUGUUCAUACUGCAGAGGAAAUGAAGAGCAUGAAGGAUUAUUGCUUACAUUUGGAGAAUGAGAUUGCAGCUCUCUAUGAACAAAAUAGAAUCCUCAAUGGCAAGAUGAGAAAUAUUACCAAGUCCAUUUCGUUAGAGGAUGCAUCCAUUUCCAAGCAGCCUCCUCUCAAAAAAGAAGUUGCAUUUAAUGAUAGUAUCUCGACCACAAGUGAUGAAGUGGGUCUGGAUCAAUCCAUGAUUCAUCAACAAUCGUUUGACGAUCAAAUGGAACUCUUGAACCAACAAACUUCAGAUAUUAUUCAAGAAAGCGAUCAAAAGAUUCAUAACUUCCUUCAUAACAUUACUAUCAUGUCAGAGAAACACGCCACAAUUAUUGACACUCUCAAGAAGAAGCACAUUCAAAUGAAGAAGAUUAUUCAAAUGGAGUACUGGACUGCACUACGAAAGCUCAGAUUGAAACCAGCCAGCUCUGUAUCUAAAAUUCCAAGAGCUAAGCGAGCCUUUACCAACUCGAUUGAUCGAAUUGACGUCUUUUUCAUGUCACACAUUUCAACUGUUGCCAUGGCCAAAGAUCCACGAGAUGUCAGCUUUAAGGAAGUUGAGAGAUUAUAUGAAAACGAGGUGGCAAGAGCUAGAUCCAUUUCAGAUUCAUCCUCUAGCAGUUCUGAGAGUAGUAUUGGUACCAAUGGAAAUACUCGAGCUCUCACUCAAUACGAUGUACUCCUUGAAACCACUAAGGAAUAUCUCCAAGAUCAAGACAAGCAAUUGCAAGCUCUCGGAGAUGUGAUCAAGAAAAUCAAUCUGUCCUCCAUGCAACAAUACGAACGAAAUGUCCUCAAGCAAUGUCUCUACCAAAUUGAAAAUCUUCAGAAAGAAGAUAAAAUUACCAUUCGAGAGAAGAUGUUCAAAGUCUUGAGCGAAUCUAACUCAUCCAUGGAUACAGCCAAGCUUGUGGAAUUGAUAUUGUUGCGAGAGGACCAAGUAUCAAAAUUCCUUGAUCUCGAAUUUACAUUAUUGUCCGUAGGAAUUUCAAACUUGAUUUCUUCGAAGGAAGAAUCUAUUACAUCAAAACUUGGAAAGAGGCUGAAUGAACUAUGUCACAUUUUGAAUCAGGAUACGACCGAUCUUCCCACCUCCAUCGAUGACAUGUUACGAAAAUUGAAAGACCUUGUGGAAGUGACCAAGUCAACUCUUGUGGACAAUCGAAGAAGAGCCAAACUUCAACUCAACGAUCAAGUACCUCUCUCAGUGCAACGAUGGCUCGGAGAUUCAGACUCUGAAUAUGGUGACAAUGAAGGAAAUACAACUCCAAAGAAGAACUCUCAGUAUCGUUCUGGUGUCGAAGUUGCAAGUCCUAUUAAGGCCUCCAAUAAUGACAUGGACGACCACUCAUGGACUCCACCCAAAACUAGAGGAAAUAAUGGUCGAAAUAAUGUAUUAUUGGAUGAUCCAAACUUUUACUUUGUUUCGAACAAUGAAGAGAGAAUUUCUCUUGAUAUUGGAGAUAGGGAGGAACAAUUUAUUAGCUCUCCACUCAAGAGAAAACUCGAUCAUCGUUACAAGUCCAUUCUGACCGCUAUUCGAGACGAUAUUUUACGAGUGAAGUGUAUUAGUGAAAUUAUUCCAAAACUCAAGAAUGUUAUGGAACACAACGCCCAAAUGUAUUCAUUUAUUUUCUCUCUGAUUAAUCUUGGAAACUACAAUGGGGAUAAGAAAUUUGGAUACUUUUUAUUGGAUGUCGAUAAGGUUAUUGAUUUAGAUAAUCUUUUUGCAGACAUUAUUUGGUAUCGAAGACUCUAUGAAAAAGUCAAGAAGGAACUUGCCAACGCUGAAGAUCGUGACCAAAACACGAGUCUCUAUUACAAGUUAAAGGGAGCCAUUGUAGAGUUGAAAAAGCAAACCACAAUCAUUGGCAAUUCACACGAAUCGAAUGAAGACAAGGAAGUCAUUUUGAAAUUGAAACGAAUUCUCAAUGUACAGUACACACACGAGAUUGUCAACGAAUGUGAAAGUAUGGUCUCACAAUUGAAACAAUAUGUCAAGACGUUCCCUAAAUUCCAAACACUUAUCAAUGAAUUAUGUAUUGGCUUGAACGUGAAGAGAAUUGAAGACGUCAUUCCAGCUGUGAAGCGACUCGUGAAAGUUUCUAAAAGUGUAAAUUUAUUACUGUAA